AUGGCUGCCCUAAAAUUUGUCAGAUCCGUCCUGAAAUCUUUCAUGGCACAGUCGGGGCUGGAACCAAGACUCUUCGGAGAACAUCUCCGAGUGACGACGGCGGAACCAGGGCGCGUUGAAAUGGAACUUGACAUCCGGAAAGAACACACCAAUCGCCUGAAUAUUAUCCAUGGGGGAACCAUCGCAAGCAUGGUCGAUCUCGGAGGCUCGUUGGCGGUUGCUUCUAGAGGAUUAUACGCUACGGGCGUUUCGACAGAUCUUAAUGUGACAUACCUAAACUCGGGCGGAGAGGUGGGAGACACGCUCCGGGCAGUCGUGACCUGUGACAAAUUUGGCAAAACGCUGGCAUUUACGUCAGUUCAAUUUACGAAUAGCAAGGGACAAGUGGCGGCACGGGGUAGCCAUACGAAGUAUGUGGCUCUCGCUUGGAAGGAUCCCAGGAACAUAGUUGAGGAACUGUCGCCAAGACAGACAUAG